AUGCAAAAAAAUACAAGAUUAUCCACGGAUUCAGAUAGAAAAAGAAUCAUCUCGAAUCUCUCAAUAAAAUCGAUAAAUUCUACUACCAUCAAUACUACUACUGAUGCUACUCUCCCUCGUUUAGAAUCCAAUUAUUAUAUCAAAGGUAGAGUGAAAAGAAGCACUCAUCAAAUAAGAUUUCAACGUUCUCCUAUGAAGAUGUCAUAGCCAAAUAAUAUGCUUGAAAUUCAAUCUAUCAAAUAAUCUACUAAAAUCUUACUUAACUCUGUUGUCUCUGAACUAGAUAAAUUGGCCAUUGCAUUAAAACAUAAUUCAACCAAAGCCCAAGAUGUACUGAAUCUUACUAUCGAUUUAAUGAAUAUGUUGGGCUCUGAUUAUGAUCGAUUGGAAAUCUAUUUAAUUGUUCUCUAAAAUAAAUGCAAAUCCUAAUGUGUAACUUUGGGAUUAUUAUUUACAUUUCUUAUAGCAAUUAUUCAAGAAAGUUAUGGACACACUAAAGGAGCUUUGAUAUAAUACAAAUAUAUGAAUGAUACAGCAAACAAACAUUAGCUAUUUUAAUGUAAAAUGAUGGUGUAUUAUAGAAUUGGAUUACUCCUAAAUAGAUUAAAAUAAUUUGAAAAGUUGUUAGUAAUUGGUAAAAAAUUAUUAAAGUUAAGUUGGUAUUACUCAGAGCAAGAGUAUGAAGAGAAAGCCUACUACCUGAUCUCUAAGGGAUAUAAUGGCAUUUAAGAUAUGGAAAUGUCUGUUAUAUUUAUGAAUAGAUACCUUGAUGGAAUAUUGUAAUAGAAUGAUCAUAUCAAAAACAUAGGGAUCUAAUAAAUUGCUAUGUAUCACAGAAGAACUUAGGAAUCGAGGCAUAAGAGUCCUUCAUCAGAUGAUUUCAAUUUGGAAAUGUUCAGAUAAAAGAUAGAAAGGAAUUAUAUCAAAAUGAAAAUGAUCGGAGGAAAAUUAACAUUUAAAUUAUAGUCAUCUGAAUGCGAUAUAUGUGCUCAAUAUGGCAAGAAUUGCGAAAGAAUUUAAACUGAGGAUGAGCAUCCAUAUAAAAAGAAUUUGGUUUUACACACUGAUAGUAGGAACAGGGAUUUAAUAGGAUACUUCGAUUCAGAAUAAAUCUAAUAGAUGUACGUACCAUAAAAAACGUUACCCAUUCUAAAAUAAUUAAUAUUAAAAUUCAUUUCUUAUAUAUGA